AUGUUAUUUGAAAGUUACAAAACAGUGUUGUUAUCAACGCUGAUCAACAAUGCGUUAAUAACUAGCCACGAUGUGGGCGGAGCCGUGGAGCAGGUGGGCGUGAUGGUAGGUCAGGUGGUGGAGCAGGUGGGCGUGAUGGUGAGUCAAGUGGUACAGCACCAUCUCACCAGCUGUCACCUGGUACUCAUCACCACUACACAACACUCACUAAUUACCGCCAACAUAAUCAGACGCCUGAGUGAGAGUGUGGAGGCUGGUGUGCUAGUGGAGGUAGGCUGGAAAUAUUCCCAGGACCAGCUGGCUCAGGACCAACUCCAGCAGGGUGUCUGGGGCGACUCUAAGACCACCUGUCGGGGUCUCAUCCUUGACUUCACCAACACCAACAAUACUCAUGCAGUCUUAAGGUUUCUUGAGAAAGCUGAAUUAUGGAAGUUACCUGAGACUCUGGUGAUUGUGGUGGGAAGGAGAACUGAAGUGAAGGACGUGCUUCUCCACCAUAGCUUCCACAACACUGUCCAUGUUCUCUACUUGGCCCUCCAUGACCUCACCCUCCAUGACCUCACCCUUCAUGAGCUCACCCUUGAUGACCUCACCGUCCACAGCAUCACUCUUAAUGACCGUGUGUGGGUGUACCGGAAGUGUUUGUACUGUAACAGAGGAGAGGCAGACAUCCAGCUCCUCCACCUGUGGAACCUCACAUCAUUCACCCAAAUCAAAGAUGAUUUAUUUCAAGAGCAAUUUCAUAACUUCUGGGGCAAAAACCUGAAGAUGUCAACCGUUCUGUACUUCCCCUUCAUGGAUUACACCCUAGAAAAUAGUGAACAAGGAAGUACAGUGUCACUCAAGGAUUGUCUUGAUGCUAGACUUCUGUCUUUAUUCUCUAAAACACUCAACACGAGUUUUCAGAUUCGUGAGGCUCCAGAGAGACAAUAUGGCAUGCAGAAGAAUGGCCGGUUCACUGGCAUCACGGGACAACUGCAGCGGGAAGAGGCAGACAUGGGUGGAUCAAUGGGACCGCUUGCUGAACGGAUCCCAGCCAUGGAAUUCUUGUGGGUAAUUGAAGCUGACCCGCUGGCCAUCGUGUCUUUAAAGCCAACUCUCUCGCCACAACUUCUCUCGCUCUCUAAACCUUUUACAGGAGAACUAUGGCUGACGUUGUUGCUGAGUAUGGUGUUGUGGAGCGGGAUCCUGUGGUUGCUGCAGAAGGUAUGGUGUUGGGUCACAGGGACACACACAGUCAACUUCAUCACCAUCCUUCUGUAUGGCUGGGGCGCACUCCUGGCCAACCUGCCCUCAGACCCUUCCGUCAACAAAGCAGAAAAAGUGUUGGUGGGCGCGUGGUUGAUGUUCUGUCUGGUAAUAAGCACAGGUUACAGCUCCUCACUAGUCGCUCAUCUGUCAGUCCAGGAGAAAACUAAACCUCCGGAAACUUACGAGGACCUGGUGACUCUGAACAACUGGAAGUGGGGCAUUGAAUCCUGGGUGUUAAAUGGAGCUGUGUUGCUCUAUUUCCUAGAGCAUACCGACCCUCAAAUACAAAAAUUAUACAAGGGAAUGGAGAGAGUGACGGUGACGAAGGGACUGGAGAAGGUGAAAGCAGGAGGCUACUCGUUUAUGAGCAUCAAACAUGGUACGAAGAUGACCAUCGACUCCCUGUACAGUGACAUUUAUGGCCAAACACCUUACUACCUCGGCCACGGAGUGAUUCAGAUAUUAGCUGGAUUUGGAUGGGGUUUCAGGAAAGGUGCUCCAUUUUACAACAGAUUCAUGCAGUUGAUGGUUCGACUGCAAGACGCUGGAAUUGUCAGCCGCCUCAUGAAAGAAGUGUUUGAACAACGUGUAAGAGAAAACAAAGCAGAUGUAGCACUCAAUCCACAAGCUAUCACGAGCACUACUCCAUAUGAAGAGGAGAGCAGAGUGGUGUUGGGAAUGAAUCACCUGCAAGGAGCAUUCUACAUGCUGCUGCUGGGUACAGGAGUGGCCUUCCUCACCCUGCUGGGGGAGAGCCUCGCCCACUGGUGCUCCUCGCCUCACACAAAAGUAAACAAACGCAUCACAUUUCAGUUUGACAGAACAAGUCCAAUGCAGAGGAGACCUUCGACAAAGCGCCUGACAACGACCGAGCGAACCCAAGCUGUAAUGCUGUACCUGGGCGGUAUGUCAGCACGAGACAUUGCGCUGAAAUAUCAAAUUGGUGUCUCAACUGUUUAUAAAUGCAUAAAUAAGUGGAUUGACGAAGCAAGAGUUACUGAGCGGUGUCGCAAAAAGCCGUCACAAUAUCCUAAGAAAAAACUGACCUCAUCUACCACCACUGCACAACAGAGGAACGUGACACCUGUUUCUCAUCUCUCACAUAAACUGCAUCUUCAUUACAACCCAAAAACCAUAGACUGUUAUUGGCAACACGUCUCUCAGCAAAUUAUGACUGAAUAUUAUUUACUCUUUUGCAGACGUAACAUUCCGGGAAAGAUGUCUAUUAGUGAUAUUAUGACUCCUGGAUAUGGAUACGGCUAUCAUUAA